UGAAAAGCCCAAGGCUCUAUUCCUCCAUCGCAUGCGAGGGUAAAAAGGUAACAAACACUCACCGGGACUGAGAAUUUUCCGCCAAUAAUUUUCCGAUCAUACCGGAGCUUUUAUACAGUCGACCAUGUUACUUUCGACGGUUUCGAGCUCCGCGCCUGUCUUCCGCAUCGGUGAACCACCGGUGGCCGCAAUUGGUUGGAAGCAAGCGUUGAGAUUUCGGAGGAGGACGAAACGUAGUGUAAUCUCUUGCGAUUAUUCAUGCCUCGAGGUUAGGGAUAUAUGCUACCGUCCACCUGGCACAGAGUUGAAUAUUUUGAAUGGUGUUAAUCUUUCUCUCCGUGAGAAGAGCUUCGGCUUGAUUUUUGGCAAGAGCGGGAGUGGGAAAACUACCCUUCUUCAGCUUCUGGCGGGGCUGAACAAACCAACAUCAGGUUCGAUUUGCAUCCAAAGAUAUGGGGAUGAUGGCCAGCCAAAUGCGGAUUCUGAGUUGUUGCCCACUGAAAAAGUUGGCAUCGUUUUCCAGUUUCCAGAGAGAUUCUUUGUUGCAGAUAAUGUGCUUGACGAGAUUACUUUUGGUUGGCCAAGGCAAAAGGGUAGUUUGCAGUUAAAGGAGCAGCUGACUUCAAACCUCCAGAGAGCAUUUAAUUGGGUUGGGUUAGACAGCAUCCCACUUGAUAAAGACCCUCAGUUAUUAAGUGGAGGUUACAAGCGUCGGCUUGCACUAGCUAUUCAAUUGGUGCAAACUCCUGAUUUAUUGAUUCUGGAUGAGCCCCUCGCUGGUCUUGAUUGGAAAGCACGUGCAGAUGUUGCAAAGCUCUUGAAGCACCUAAAGAAGGAACUGACUUUACUUGUUGUAAGUCAUGACCUAAGAGAGUUAGCAACCUUGGUCGACCAGUCAUGGAGAAUGGAAUCAGGUGGUGUUCUUGUUGCAGAGCGUCCACCAGUUUAGUUCGAUAUUCAUUUUUGCCGAAGCUCCAACACGAAGUCUGCAAAGCAAUGUUGGAUUAUUAUCUCGUUCGACCACAAGCAGAAAACUAGUGCAUGCCUAAAUGGCAUUGUAUAAUUUUUUUUUGUCUUUUAAAGUAAAGAUCCAAAAUCACAUUCUUGCUUUGAAAAAAAUGGGCUUAUGAAUAUAUCAAUUAGUUGGGUAUGAUGGUGCACUUACAGUCUUCGUCUGUUUUGAUCCAGUGUUCUCCUUUUCCAGAUGAAUGUGAAUUUCUUAGCUCAUAUUGGAUCCAUCUUUUACUUGUCU